AUUAUGCUCACAGCAGAACAUUCAUUUGUGUGCAAUCGAGUCCACUAAUGUACAAGCCGUUUCAGCUGUUCUGCUCCCUGGGAAAAGGUGCUUGAUAUUUGUGUUAGCUUCCCUUGUGCACGGGAGCGGCUUUAUCCGGAUCUGAAUUCUAAAUAAAUCUUCGGACUCCGGCUGCAUUAAAUGGAACGAGAAAUGCAGCUACUGUUUGCGCUGAUGUGUGUUCUUUUAGCAUGUCCGGCUUCGAAUUCGACAGCACUAGAUUCGGACGGAAUUUCCAGUUCCCCCUCGCCCACCAUGAUUUGGUCCUUCUUCGUUCUAAAUUACUCUGGCACAUCCACUUUAGUGGGCAGUCUCCACAGCCCUGGUUGGCAUCACUUUACGCUUGCACCAGGUGGAAAUCCGUUCAUUGUGCUGGACCCGCAAACGGCAGACGUGACACUGACCAGUGGCUAUUGUCCACCCAGCAGCCCCACACGGGAACUGGUCGGUGCUCAAGGCCGCGAUGUGGCUGGAAACGUCAAGCAAGGAAACGUGUCCCUCGUAAUUUUCUCCUCGCCGGCGUACUUUCCAUUGUGCCAGAGUAAUCCUGUCCAGCCGCCGACUACUCCGACCCCAUCUCCUUCCCAACCGGCUACAUCACUGCCGGAUUCCGAUGCUGUUGCCGGGGAUGCUUCGUUUAGCGUAAACCAAUGUCACACAGGGUCCGGCGUUCCUGCAGUGGUAGGAUCAUUCAGAGCGAAAUUCAGCCCUAACGUGGAUUUGUCGAAACUGCGAAUGACAAUUUCGAACAGCCUUUUCCAACCUGCACUUCCGGUGGUCUGCGAUCCAGAUCUCCUGUGCAACAUUACACUAGUUUCCACCCGACCACUGGACACUAGUAUGCAAGGACUGUAUGUCAUGACAGUCAAUUACGAAGGAGGUGGUCUUUCGACGACAUCGCAACAGUUGGUGGUUUCUGUGCAAUGCGACUCGCUGCAAUUCAGUCAAACUCUGCCCCCGCCAACGGUCGCCAGCAAACCAACGAUGGCGGUUCCAGAACUUCCACCGUGUAGUAGGGCAUCAGUUUCCCUUGGUGUUAACGAAGAUACACCUGUCGGUACCGUAGUAACCAGUCUGCCGUCCAUCCCAUCGCCCGGCUUCCGAUUCCAAAUCCUUGACGCGUCUGCUGCUGGCUAUUUUAACAUAUCACACCAGGGAUCCGUAGCUGUUGCCAGACCGUUGUCGGAACCAACUAUUGGUUCGGUCUAUUUGCGCGUUGCCGGGCUAGUCAAAAAUCGAUCUGUGUGCGCUACAGAUAUUCUCAUUACUAUAAGGAGAGUCAGCUCACGAAUGCCAGAAUUUAAUCAAGUGUCAUACAGUUUUGCCGCUGACUGCAAUAAUCCCUCGAUCCCCAUUGGAACUGUUACUGCCUUGGAUUCAGAUCGUGGAGCAACUGCAAAUCGCCGGUUUUUUCUUAACCCGGAAGAUACAGCUACGAGUAUUGCUAUCGUUGAUCCGGUUAGUGGCACUCUUUGGUUAAGGAGCAUACUGCACCAGUCAACAACGUUAUUGGUGUUUGUUGAAAACCCCGGCACAAAUCUGACAAGCUCUGCAUUCGUGCACAUCAGCUGUACAGACGAUAACUCUAUAGUCCGGAUUGGAGGACUGCGCGGAAAAGGUGCAUCACAUCCGACCCCGACGACCCAAAGACCGAAAAUGCCGUCGCCUAAAGUUGUUCCACAAGCGCAAGUUGCUGUGUCCUCUAUUCAGUCUGCUUCGUAUCCCUUAACAGUGGCAAUAAGACAGUCAUAAGUUGCUACAUCCGAUUUUGCUAUAGCAGGUCCUGAAUGUUUAUCAAAAAAUGGGAAAUAGCUUUUAUCAGCAUGUAAAACGGGCAGAAUAUUGGAACAGAUAGACCAGUUAUGUAUAAAAGCGUGUGUAGCGUAGUUGGAUAAACGGGUCCCUAUUUCCUUACAUUCUAUUAGAACUAGGAGGAUAGAAACACCAGAAACCCAGACUACGGGCCAGAUUCUCUUUAAUUCAAGACCGAAAUCCAAGAAAGCCAGAGAAUGAC